GUCUGUUUCUAGCUUUCCUAAAGCAAAAACAUGAGAAUGGCUUCACUUAGACUGCCUGAUUCAAUUCCUUCUCCAGUCCAAGAUAGUGAGAGACUUAAUCAAGCUUUACAAGGGAGAGGAGUGGAUGAAAAAGUGAUAGUAUGGAUAUUGGGACAUAGGAAUGCAAUCCAAAGGAAGCAGAUCAAAGACACUUAUCAACAGCUUUAUAAAGAGUCCAUCAUCCAUCGUCUUCAAUCUAAACUUUUUGGUGUGUUCAAGACAGCAAUGAUCUUGUGGAUGAAUGAAGCCCCCGAAAGGGAUGCGAUAUUGGCAAACAUGGCCCUGAAAAGGAAAAGGAAGAAAAUAAAUCAGUUGCAGGUAUUGGUAGAGAUAGCAUGUGCAUCAUCCCCGGACCAUCUAAUGGCAGUGAGGCAGGCCUACUUCUCUUUAUACGAAUGCUCUCUGGAAGAAGACAUCACAUCCAACAUCUCAACUUCUCUCCAAAAGCUUCUAGUGGGUCUAGUGAGCUCGUACAGGCAUGAUAGAGAAUUGGUGGACUUUAAUCUUGCAAAAUCUGAGGCAACUAAGCUACAUGAAGCCAUUGAAAAGAAGCAAUUAGAUCAUGAUGAUGUUGUGUGGAUAAUGACAACAAGGAAUUUCUUUCAACUUAGAGCAACUUUUGUGUGCUACAAGCAAAGCUACGAAGUUGCUAUUGAUCAGGCCAUUAAUAGUAGUGGAAAUGGUGAUUUGGGCUCUAUAUUACGAGGAGUAAUUUUGUGCAUUGUUUCCCCAGAGAAACAUUUUGUUGAGGUCAUUAGAGCCUCCACUAUUGGGUACUGGACUAAAGAUGAAGAUUCAUUGACAAGAGCAAUUGUGACUCGGGCUGAAAUUGAUAUGACGAAGAUCAAAGAAGAGUACUUCAAAAUGAACAACACCAAUCUCGAUGAUGUAGUUAGACGUGAUGCAUCAGGGGUUUACAAAAGCUUCUUGAUGGCCUUAAUUGGAGAAAAAAUUUGAUUCUCUCAACCAAGUGUCUGUUAUUGUUCUAAAUCACCAAAAACUGGCUUUAUUCGGGAUAUAUUUCCCUACUACCUCAUUGUAGCCCGCAAAAGUUGAAUUAUAAGAACCUUCUGAAUGUUUAUCUUAAAAGUUUGACCGUAAA